UCUUCAAAUUCUAUAGUUUUUUUUAUUGAAGUUCAGAUUUAAUUCCAGCGAAUAUAUAUAGUAGUUCUUGAUUUUUGAUAAUCAAAGAGUUGCAUGUAUGUAUUUGAGGUGACGGAAAAGAGUAGGAGAGAGAAAGUAAGGUAAAAAUGGUGAAUGGUAAUUUUGUGAAUAAAUCAAGUAAAUCGGGAUAUAUUCGUCAAUUUUCUGAGAUGAUAUGGCGAUCGUUGAUACAGUCUCCUGCUAGAUCUUCCAUAUUUUUCUUCUUCUUUCUAUCUCUUCUCGUCGGUGUUUUUCUCUCUACUCGCUUCCUCGAUUCCUCUGUAACUCCUAAUGUUGAAAGUUCCAUGCGAGGAGCAAUUUCCGCUACAAGUAGUCAGAUGAUAACAUUAGACAAACCUGCACAACUGACAAACUCCAAAGAUACGACCACAGAGACUCCCCAAACUACAAAUGAUCAGAUGGCAACAUCAGACGAACCUGCACAACAGACAAACUCUUACAACACGACCACCGAGACAUCCAGAAAGGCUCAUAAAAUUAUUGAAGUUCCACUUAAAUGUUCUGAUGGUAGCAUCCCACAGACUUGCCCAGCAGAUUACCCUGAAAAAAUGGAACUAGAUCCUGAUGCUCCACCUCCUUCUACAUGUCCUGAAUACUUUCGCUGGAUAUAUGAAGAUCUACGGCCUUGGCAGAAGAAUGGCAUUAUAAGAGAGAUGGUGGAGGGAGCUAAAAGAACUGCAAAUUUCAGAUUGGUCAUAUCUAAUGGAAAGGCUUAUGUUGAGAGAUUCCAGAAGUCAUGGCAAACUAGAGAUGUUUUUACCCUAUGGGGAAUUUUGCAGUUGUUAAGGAAGUAUCCGGGUAGAGUCCCUGAUUUAGAGCUCAUGUUUGAUUGUGUUGACUGGCCAGUAAUAUCAAAACGCUUUCAUUGGCCCAACAACGCGGCUCCUCCUCCUCUGUUUCGUUAUUGUGGGGAUGAUGGAACAUGGGACAUCGUUUUCCCCGAUUGGUCUUUCUGGGGAUGGGCCGAGAUCAAUAUGAAGCCGUGGGAAUUUUUGUCAAAGGAACUAAAAGAAGGCAACAAGAGGGUGAAAUUUGAGGACAGGGAACCUUAUGCUUACUGGAAAGGAAAUCCCUUUGUUGCCCCACACAGGAUGGACCUUCUUAAGUGUAAUGUGACUGACAAGCAGGAUUGGCAAGCUCGCCUGUAUAUACAGGAUUGGGCUAAAGAAGCACAGCAAGGAUUUAAGAAGUCAGACUUGGCGAGCCAGUGCACAGACAGAUAUAAGAUCUACAUCGAAGGAUCAGCAUGGUCAGUCAGCGAGAAGUACAUCCUCGCAUGUGAUUCUGUUGCCUUGUUAGUAAAGCCCCUGUACUAUGACUUCUUCUCAAGAAGUUUGAUGCCUACACAACAUUAUUGGCCUGUCAGGCAGGAUGACAAGUGUAGGUCUAUCAAGUUCGCUGUUGAAUGGGGGAAUAAUCACAUGCAAAAGGCUCAAGCAAUCGGAAAGGCGGCCAGUGAAUUCGUUCUGGAAGAUUUAAAGAUGGACUAUAUAUACGAUUACAUGUUACAUCUACUUACUGAAUAUGCUAAGCUCUUAAAAUUCAAGCCAACCAUACCGAAAAAUGCUGUCGAGCUUUGUUCCGAGACCAUGGCUUGCUCUGCAACGGAUUCAGAGAAGAAGUUUAUGACAGAAUCUCUGGUGAAGGGUCCUUCAGAUAAAAGUCCAUGCACAAUGCCGCCUCCUUAUGAUCGAGCUACAUUUCAAUCCCUACUGAAGAGAAAAACAGACGCAGUGAAACAGGUAGAAAAGUGGGAGAAAGAUUAUUGGAUUAAUGGAACUCAGCCUCUAUAAAUACAGAUAGGUUUUAAUUUAUAUGCAGAUAGGUAUAAAUAGAAAUUCAAAAAAUGUGCUUGUUCAUUUUUUUUUGUUUUGUUAUUAUUGGAGUGUAAUAUACAGACUAUAGAGUAUACACGAACUCUAGAUAGAUAUAGAAUGAUUUUCACGUAUGAGAAAAAAGUAUUACAUCCUCUCAA